AUGGCUUCAAAGAUAAACCCUUACUACGUCUUCGCGAUCCUCGUCUUGGCCGCUGGCGGUAUCCCCAAAGGCUACGAUGAGGGAGGCUUCAGUGCUAGCGUCACUCUGCCAUCCUUCAAACAGGAUUACAACCUCAUAAAGGCACACUGGAAGCAUGAUCCUACCGGUCUGGCAAACAGAACGGCCAACAUUACAUCGUUCGGAGUCCUUGGUGCUGCCUUUGGUGCUCUGAUCGCCUUCUUUUGUAACGAUAAGCUUGGAAGACUGUGGUCUUUCAGAGCUUCGAUCCUUGUGUGGGCAGUUGGACUGCUCAUGCAGGUCUUCUCCUCUGGUAUCUUUGGUUUUCUCUUGUUCUCCAGGAUAUUCAGCGGACUAGGAGCUGGUGCAUUGACCGUUGUAUCACCGCUCUUCUUGUCAGAGAUUGCACCAGCAAAGACGCGAGGCAUGACUGUCAGCAUCUAUAUGGUCAUGCUACUCUCAUUCCUCUCUCUAGGUUUUUUCGUCAAUUACGGUGCCAACCUCCAUCUGGCCGCCACCAGAACGCAAUACCGACUCGUCCAGUCGAUCCCGCUGAUCCCAGUCGGUCUCGCCUUCAUCGGUUCAUUCUUUAUGCCUGAUAGCCCUCGCUGGCUUGCCUCGAAGGGAAGACACAGCGAAUCUGUAGCCGCUCUUGCGCGCCUGAGAGGUUUGGAUGUCAACCAUCCCGAACUCCUCGCAGAGCACGCUGGAGUUGAGAUGGACAGCACGGCAAUUGCAGAGAUGAAGAACGCUUCUCUCAAGUCAACCGCGACUGAAGUUCUCAGCAGCCCAACCCUCCGCAGUCGCUUUUUACUGGCCUUGGUUAUGCAGACCAUCUCACAGUGGACUGGAGGAAAUGGUAUCACCUACUACAUCUCGGAUAUCUUCCAGUACGCAGGCAUCUCAGGGUCCAACACAUCACUGAUCACAUCCGGAGCUUAUGGCCUGGUGAAGCUGUUGUUCACCAUGAUCUUUGCAUGGGGUCUGAUCGACAUGAUCGGACGCCGACGUUGCUUCAUGACUGGCCUGUCUCUGCAAUGUGCCACACACAUCUACAUGGCUGUCUACUUUGGAGCCAUCGCAGACAGCAACCAACCAGCGUCCAACGCAGCAGUAGCAAGUGUGUUUGUCUACGCAGUCGGAUGGUCGAUCGGCUUGUGCACUAUUCCGUAUAUCUACGGCACGGAGCUAUUCCCAACAAGAGUUCGAUCUCUUUGCUACGCGGUAGUGAUGGCGGCACAUUGGUUCUUCCAAUUCGCCGUGGUUCGCGUGACGCCGCUCAUGUUGACAGCGCUGGACAAGUGGGGAGCAUAUACAUUCUGGGCGUGUAUCUGCGCCAGCGGCCUUGUGAUUCUUGGGCUAUGGGCACCAGAGACCAAGGGGAUUCCGAUGGAGCGCAUGGACGAGUUGUUCCAGAGACCAUGGUACAAGUGCGGAUCAGCCAAGGUGUCGAUGGAAGGUUCUGAUGAAUCAAUGCAUGAAGGGAACGAGAAAGCAGCCGCGCUGCACUCGGAGAAGGCUGUAUAG